AUGAUCAGUCCGGACGUGGCAAUCAUCUCACUCCAGCUCCGAAAGGUAGUGCCGGAGCUGGCCCAGGACCCAACGGCUCCGAUAACCCGGCUUCAGCGACUGGAGCACCCGUUCAUCUCAACGGCCAGAAGGCAUAUGGUAGGGCGACAGUUGCUGUUGUCCGCAGAGAGCAAGCUAACUCAUCUGGCAGGCGUCUAUAUUGCAUCCGGUGAUGGUUACAGGAUUGACAAGACGAACGGCGUAGCCACCGGUGAUGCUGCCGAAGGCAUCUACGCGAUCUUCGACGGCACCCAUUACAAUGGUGGUAAGAACCAAUGGCUAGGCAUGGCAGCGCGUUUGGAGAGAUGCUUGGCUAAUCUUCAACCCCUCCUUUCUGUAGGCUGCUGCUUCGAUUACGGGAACGCCGAGACAGGUAACGGAGACACUGGUGCCGGGCAUAUGGAGGCUGUUUACUUCGGCAACAUCCGCGUUUGGGGAAGUGGGGCAGGGAAUGGACCUUGGAUCAUGGCUGAUCUCGAGAAUGGGCUGUUCUCUGGCUACAACCCUAAGCAGAACACCGCGGAUCCGACAAUUACCUCUCGUUUCGUGACUGCCAUUGUCAAAGGAGAAUCUAAUCAAUGGGCCAUUCGAGGAGGCAAUUCAGCCAGCGGCUCGCUGUCCACAUAUUACAGUGGCGUUCGUCCAAGCGGUUACAAUCCUAUGCACAAGGAGGGAGCUAUCAUCCUGGGCAUCGGCGGGGACAACAGUCAUGGUGCGGUGGGUACCUUCUAUGAGGGCGUCAUGACCUCGGGUUAUCCCUCUGAUGCCACGGAGAACUCAGUCCAGGCGAACAUCGUGGCUGCUAAGUACACCACCUGA